ACUUUACCAUGCGGUGUCGAUAAGUGGUGACUAAAGCAGCAGGAGGAGUUCAUCACUUUCCUUUUUUUGCUUUUCACAGUCAGACUAUCUGUCUCUGCAGGGGUGAGACCGAAGCUUAAUUGGUUCCCUCAGGCUCCGUAUUUUUUAACUUCAGCUUUUCGUGCCGUCUACUACACCUGCCUGCCAAGCUCCAGCGUUCAUGGGCGCGGUUGGGACGCGUGCCCAAAUCUCUGUUUUGACUUGCUUGGGAAAGUUGUGCGAAAAGGCACAAAAGAACCGAAGACUUUAAGAACAUCCCACCACGGUGCGUCAACUUCAUACACAAACGCAUUAUCCUCUCUGCGUGGACGCGAUCGCACACACUGUCCAUCUUGAGAGGAGUCGGGAUUUUGAUUGAUUGUUGUUCGUCUUUGCUGAAGAUAAGAUGGGAUGGAGGAGUUAACAAGACAGAUGGACUUCUCAGGAGGCUUGUCAGAAGAAAAUGUUGUGACAGAAACUGUAACUUCCACGACCAGAUUGACUUCUCUGCCACCAAAGGGAACCAGCGGAUCAAAUCACAGGAAUAUGUCCAGCGGUGCUGGAGGGCUGAGCUUGGAGAAGAAUGUCUUAACCCUGAACAGUGGAACUUAUUUCUCUUCAUCCUCUGUAGGUGUGAAUACCAGUAACUACAGCUCCUCCUCAGGAGUUUACCUCGGAGGAGACUCCUCAGGAGGAGGUGAUGGAGGGGGGAGCUAUGUAGACGGGGAAGGUUACGGAAGCGGAAGCGGCGGAGGCGGAGGCGGAGGCGGCACCAGCGGUGGCAGUUAUCUCGUCAGCUCGGUGUCAAAGGUCAGGUCCAGCUCGUCUGGUGGUGCCAGGAGAACGCAGACUGCUGGCUCAUCACGUGGGGGCCUGUCGCCAGCUUUCCGGGAGAGGAAGACCGUAUCCAGCCGCUCGGGAGGUUACGAUGGAAGUUCCAGUGCAAAUUCCUCUCCAGAAUUCACACGCAAAGAUUAUGGAAACUACUGCUCCAGCACCACACGAGGGAGGAGCGAAAGCAGAGAGAGUGAGAUCAGAGCCAGAUUACAAAGUGCCUCCCCCUCAGCCUCCAGAUGGACAGAGUUGGAUGAUGUGAAGAAGCUACUGAAGGGUCGCUCCAGCAGUGUCAGCCCCACUCGCUCUUCCGGGACCCUGCCUGUUCCCAAGAAAGCCAGCGUGGAAACCAAGACCAUCUCUGUGGCCUCUCAGUCGGUUUCAACCUCGUUCGGCUCUGGUGUGACAUCAGGCGGGUUCAACACCAUUGAUACAUCUGGCCUGUAUGAUAACGGUCUGACAUCUGGGCAGUUUGAUACUGGUGUGAAAACAGGCCAAUAUGAUGUCAGCCUGAAAUCGGGGCAAUAUGGUACUGGUGUCAGAUCAGGCCAGUAUGAUAGUCUGAAACCAGGACAGUGUGAGACUUGUGUCAGAUCAGGCCAGUAUGACGUUAGUCUGAAAUCAGGACAGUAUGAUACUGGUGUAAAAUCAAGCCAGUAUGAUAUUGGACUGUGCUCAGGACAGUACGAUACUGGUGUAAAAUCCAGCCAGUAUGAUACUAGUCUGAAAUCAGAGCAGUACAGUGCUGGGGUGAGAUCCGGCCAGUAUGAUACUGGUCUGAAAUCAGAGCAGUACAGUGCUGGGGUGAGAUCCGGCCAGUAUGAUACUAGUCUGAGAUCAGAGCAGUACAGUGCCGGGGUCAGAUCCGGCCAGUAUGAUACUAGUCUGAGAUCAGAGCAGUACAGUGCCGGGGUCAGAACCGGCCAGUAUGAUACUUCCACACUGGAUGCUCUGCUUCCGUCUUUCUCUUGGUCUGCCUCCACCCUGCCCUCCUCCUCCGCCACGGUGGUCACUGGCAACACCAGCAGCUACACGUACCAGGGCGGCACCAACAACAUGCCGGGAGGAUCCUCACCCCUCAGCCCCACCUCACCCUCGUCCCUGUCAGUUUACGGCUUUCAGAAUAAUCUGGCGCCCACUUCUGGCAGUGUUCUCACCACCAGUGGAGCAAACGUAAAUGCUAAUCUCGGAGGUUAUGGUGUUCAGAAGAACGUGUCAAAUGGUGGUGGUGUCGUCAGCACUGGAGUCUCUACAACCACUAGAUCCCAAACUGAAGAUGCAUAUAAGAAAGAUUAUAAGUUCCUGAUCUCUGAAAAGGAGAACGUUCCAGUCAAGAGAGACGCAGAAAUACUCAUUUUGGCCAAAGACAGCGGCAAGCAGUUCACCAGCGGCAGCAGCGUUCAUUUAGGAGGAGGGUCGAUUUCAGGAGACUCCAUAAAGAAAGAGAAGCUUAUUUCAAGCUACAGUGAGACAGCUCCACUGAAGACAGAGACGGGCAACUCUUACUAUGGAUCAUCUGGAGUUGUAAUGAAAGACAAAGCCACCUAUGCAGAGAUUCACAGGGACAGCGGCAUCUUCGGAGGCGGAGGACUGUGCUGCUGCUCCGACGCGUGUUGCUCCUGGUGGAAAUGGCUGCUGGGUCUCCUCCUCCUCUCCUUGCUCCUGCUUGGACUCCUCUUUGGGCUCAUUGCCUUGGCCGAGGACGUGAGAAAGCUGAAGAAUCGAGUGGCUACUCUGGAGGCUGAAGCCUCGGCUGCUGCUGCUCAUACCAGUCGUCUGUCAGGUUCUUCCAAUGACAUCAACGCCUAUGCGGGUGGUGCAGCUGGUGCGGGUGGCUCCCACACUGACAUACACCUCGCUGCUGGAGGAGGUUCGGGCUCCGGUACCGGAACACGAAUCGGAGUGGGUGCUGCCGGUGGCUCCACUGGUACAAGUGGCAAUGACAUCGGCACUGGUAGCUUCGGAGCUGCUGGUGCUGCCGGUGGUGCAGGUGGUGCCGGUGGUGCCAGUGGUGCCAGUGGGACCAUUGGAGUUAGUGCUGGAGGUGCCGGCACCAGCGUCAGUGGUGGUACCAGCACCAGUGGUACCAGCUUCAGUGGUAGCACUGGCAGUAGUGGCACCAGCUUCGGUGGUGGCGCUGGCACUGGUGGCGCUGGCACUAGUGGCACCGGCUUCGGUCAUGGCACUAGCACUGGUGGCGCCGUCUUCACUGGCCUCGGGACAGGUGUAAGUGGAGGACACAUCGAUGUUGCUGCUCUCCAGGUGACCGUCCAGCACAUGCUAAGAUCGGAAAUGCAUUCACAGGCAUUCAGAGCUUUUCUAGUAUCCUCAGUGCAGGGAGAGAGAGGGCUGCCUGGACCUAAAGGGGACACUGGAUCUAAAGGAGAUACUGGUUUCCCUGGAAUGCCAGGUCCUCCUGGUGUGAUGGGCCACCCAGGCGCUGACGGUCAGAAAGGACAGAAAGGAAGCCAAGGUGAUCAUGGACUCGAGGGGCCACCAGGUAUCCGGGGUCGUGAAGGCCCUGCUGGCCCCAGAGGUGAACCAGGUUUUGGAACAAAAGGUGACAGAGGUGCUCCUGGAGAUCCAGGGGUUCCUGGGUCUGUGGGACCUGCCGGCCUGGCUGGACCAAAAGGUGAACCUGGAGCUCAUGGCCUUUCUGGACCACCAGGUCAACCAGGUCUUCAAGGUUUCCGUGGAGAGGCAGGGGCUCCUGGAGCUAAAGGCGACAGAGGGCUUGCUGGAUUUCAAGGACUUAAAGGUGAAACUGGUGACAAAGGUCUCAGAGGUCUGCAAGGUGAACCUGGUUUACCAGGUCUGUCUGGGCCAGCUGGAGAGAAAGGAUCCAAGGGAUCGAUGGGGCUGUCUGGCCAAGAUGGUGCAAAAGGCUCAAGAGGUGACCAAGGGCCUGCUGGACCCCCUGGACUCAGGGGUCCUGCUGGGCCUCCUGGAGAUGCUGGACUUCAAGGAGCACCUGGGCUUCAAGGACCACCAGGAAUACCAGGGAAUCCAGGACAGCCAGGGGCCAAAGGUGAAAUGGGUCAAGCAGGAAGAAUCAUUAAUGCAGCUGGCUCCACCUCUGUGGGUAUCCCAGGACCACCUGGACCUUCUGGUCCUCCCGGCCCUGCUGGACCUCCAGGAUUAUCAGGUCCCAUUGGUCCUGCUGGUCUGCCUGGCCAGCCUGGUCCUAAAGGUGACAGGGGAUACAAGGGAGACCGGGGAGAAGCAGGAGUAUCAGUGAGAACGUCUGAAACUAUAAGCUCAUCCAGAUCUGAGAAUCAGUUUGGUGCUGGUGGAACCUCAGUAGUAUCUGGCCCACCCGGCCCACCAGGUCCACCUGGACCUCCUGGACGUCCAGGAGACUCAAGACAAGGACCUCCAGGACCGCCUGGUCCUCAAGGUCCUCCAGGUUAUGGAAGACCAGGACCUAAAGGAGACAAAGGAGACUCAAGCUUUGCAUCCAGCUCUGGAACAUAUUAUCGUGGACAACCAGGACCACCUGGGACUCCUGGGCAGAAGGGAGAAACAGGUUCUCCUGGACCAAGAGGGUACCAAGGUGAACCAGGUCUGCCCGGUAACCCAGGAAGACCAGGAACCUCAGAGAGAGUGUCAACUUAUGCUGGAGGACCCGCGAUCCAAGGACCACCGGGUCCACCUGGACCUCCUGGACGUCCAGGACCACAGGGAAUUAAAGGUGACACCGGAGCUCCUGGUUUACCUGGCUCUUCACGAGGCUCAAUCUCAGUCACCUCAGGGCCUCCUGGUCCUCCAGGUCCUCCUGGCCCUCCAGGCUAUCCCGGCUCCUUCUCUUCUACUGAGAUGCACCAGUACAUCGCCAGCUAUCUAAGUAGAAACAGACAGGCUGGCAUCCCUGGACCUCCAGGUCCACCUGGGCCUCCUGGAAUCCCUGGAACCUUCUCAGGCUCUAUGGAGGACAUCUCCGCUCGCAUCAUUGCAUACAUACAACGUUCAGGCUCAGGCCUAAGCAUUGGCGCUCAGGGUCCUCCAGGACCACCUGGCCCUCCUGGCCCCGGCUCUGGAUCCCUGACUGUCAACGCGCUGAUCACCAUGCUACAGAGAGAUGAUGUGAGGAGAUAUGUGUUAGGACCACCAGGGCCACAAGGACCACCAGGACCACCAGGGGCAUCAGGAGGAAUAUCUGGCACUUACAAUGUACAGGAGAUAGCUACGUAUGUCUUCAACAUCAUGAAUGAGAGAGGGAUUGCUAGAGGUCCACCUGGACCACCAGGCCCUCCCGGACCUGCAAGUACAGGAGGCCAUGGAUUUACUACUGCUACGAUUGACUACACUGCACUGAUGAGAAAUUCAGACUUCCGCUCAUGGCUUAACUCUGCUGUACAACAUGGUCCUCCUGGUCCUCCGGGUGUUCCAGGGCUUCCUGGUCCUCCAGGCCCUCAGGGACCGCCAGGAGCCUCCACUUCCACUUCCACUGUGUACGGAGCAGGUGGUCGCGGAUACAACUUGGAGGAAAUUCAGCGUUACCUGCAAGGCUCUGGCUUCAGAGGUCUUCCUGGCCCUCCUGGUCCUCAAGGUCCACAGGGUCCACAGGGUCCACCAGGCAGUCACAGUGGAUCGGUUUCCUUCAGUGGAAACUUCCCUCGGGAGACCAUCCAUGCUGAAAUUCAGAACUAUCUGACCAGUGACAACGUUCGGCGCACCAUCAUUGGACCUCCCGGUCCCCAAGGACCGAGAGGUCAGAAAGGAGAUCGUGGAGAGCCAGGUUACGUCCAGGGCUACGUGCAGAGCCAGAGCCAGUCUCAGGGUGACUCUCGCUAUGGUUCCCAGCACAGAGAGAUCGACGUCAGCAAGCUCACUGAGACACUGGACUACUCCAACGUUGCCUUGAAAGUUACGGACUACAUCAAGAAUAAAGGCCUCCUGCAGGAUUAUCUGGUUGAGGGUCCUUGGAGAGCAAAUGUAAGAGCGAUUCAAGGCCCCGCUGGUCCACCUGGCCCUCCUGGACCACCUGGCUACAGCCGCGUCAUUGGGUCCUACGGCAACGUCACAGCUGACCUGAUGGACUUCUUCAGAACCUAUGGCACCAUCCCUGGUCCUCCAGGAAAUCCUGGACCAAGGGGAGAAAGAGGGUAUCCAGGACCCAGAGGAGAAAAGGGUGAUCCUGGACGCCAAGGUUUACCAGGACUACCAGGGUCAUACACUGUACAAAUUCCACACCGAGUGCAGAAGAGGGACACAGGCAAUAAAGUGGUUCGUCAUCAGCUGCGUCGCCGUCAAGCUAACGGUGGCUGAAGAGCUAACAUACUACUGGAUCAUGUCAGAUUUCAUUUUUACUUGUCUUUAUUUCAUUUUUUUUAGGUGUUCAACAGUAGUGAUGCAAGUAGUAGAAAAUGCUCCUUAUUUUGUAGAAAUUUGUAGAAAAGGACUAUUUGAGGAAAUAAAAAAAAAAUGCAUCAAACGUCUCUUAAAAACGGCUUCAGUAGAGUAAUGGAUUUAGUUGCGGGUGAGUGUUUUUGUGACUCAGACAUUUUUGAGUUUUUGACAUGUGGGUGUGUAAUGUUUACUUUGCUUAGUUAGAGGCUUGCAUUCAAACUUUGUGCAGGGGCAACUUUGUUUAAGAAAACAUCUAUUUUUAGGCGAUAGCCAGCAAUUGCUGAUAUUUUUAAUUGCACUUUGCAUCUUUUUCCAUGGCUUGUGUGACUGGAGAGUCUGGUGUACUUUUUUUGUAUUCAUUGUCUUUUGAGGAUUAUAUUGUAUUGAGGACUAUAUAAGUGUUAAAAGCUGUUAAUGUUAUAUCAUUGUAACCAUUCAAUGUUUUAUGAAAGACUACAAUAUUUUAUAAUACUGCCACAUUAUCCACAUAAAUCAAGCCAUCUUCCAGCCUCUAAAACCCUGGAAAUUAUCCUUUCAAAUUAUAAAAUGAUUUAUGUUUUAAAAUAUAUAAAGUUAUCAUUAUCUGAAGCAGACACUGUCCCACAAGUUGCAGGUAAUUUGCGCAGCAGGAUUGGGGCAAGGUGUGCGUGUUGCUGCAUUCAGGAAAGGUUUGUUACUUGUUACUUGAAAGGUUUGUUGGUAAAAAAAUAAAUAAAUCAGGUUGUUUUCAAGGUUGUGAGACAGGGACUCAGAUAAUCACUAAGAAAUGACUGAUUGGAUUGUAUAUUUUUGUAUGAGAGCGCACUGAAAUUCAUAUAUUUUCUUUAUACCUUUAAGUGUUGGAAAGAUUUAAUUAUAAAUUGUUCCCAGAUUAUGUUUUACGUCAAUGAAUUUAUUGACAUUUGAUCAAUAUAUUUGAAAGACACACAAAUAAAUCUAUUUUUGGACUUGUGAGUCUUGAUAUUUGUAUGACUCAAUUGAUAUUAAAAUGAUUUCACUCCAGGUUUGGUCCAAAUAAACAGUCAUUAUUUUAUUUACAACAAAAAUGUCCAUUUAUAAAGACACUAAAUACAUUUGAUCUGACAUCAAAAAUGCAUAUACUAAGAAUAUUCAUUGUGAUAGAAUGACGACUGUCAACACAUCAAAAUGCUGUAACUUAACAAAAUAAAAAAAUAUUUGAAAUCUA